AGAAAAAUAUAUAGAAGAAAUUGAAGCUCUCGCAGAAUGGUCUUAUUCAGAUAUUUUAUUACGUGUACUUUAAUGCAUAUUUUCGUCCUUUCCGAAGAAUUAAAUAAGAUGGCAGGAUGAUUGAAGAUGAGUUGUAAUGAUACAAUCUUUGGAUGUUAAAUUGACCUGGUCUUGUCGUCCAAGACGGCGAAUUCGUCAUUUCAUUUGGAGUGAAUUUGAAUGCAAAUUUGGAUUGAAGCUCAGGAAAAGUCAAUCAUCCUCCAUUGCCUCUUUCUUUCCCGUUUCCACCUUCUUGUUGCCUCUUUUCGCCUUCAAAUCCAGGCAGAAUUGAUAUUCCACAGAAACUCAAUUAACCCACAUAGCUUGGAUUGUUCAACACAGCAAUUUGUAUAUGGCGCAACGGCCAACACAUGUUCCAAAGUUUGGAAACUGGACUGAAGACCAUAUUCCUUACACUGCUGUUUUUAACCAUGCCCGUGCUGGCAAAGGUACAGGAGGGAAGCUUAUCAAUCCUAAUGAUCCUGAAGAAAAUCCAUCUGCCUUUGUACAGAGUACUGAAAUAAAGGAUUAUACAUCAGAGAAUUUGCCAGGGAAAAAUCCUGAAUAUGAGGAUGGCAGUGUUCCAGGUAGACCACCUCCACCUCCUAGGAGGACAAGUGAUUCAAAUUCAAAUGGUGGACAUGUAACAAAACCUCGUCAUGAAAGGCGGUACAGCAGGGAAGAUGUGGAUUCCAGGCGCCCCAUUGGAUCCCCUGCACGCUACCAAUAUGCUGAUUCUCCUGCUCGAAAAACAACAGGGGAAUCACCUGGUCAUAGAUAUGCAGGGCGCAACACUACGGCUGGUGGAUCUGUAAAAUCAAACACUGGUGAAUCACAAAGGAAGGAUCAAGGUAUGGGGGAGGUUCAUUCUUCCAGUCAAGACCAAUCUACAGCACAGUAUCAAGGGAGACUUGGUAACAAACCUGGAGCAGCUUCUCCUGCAUGGGAUAGGAAGGGUCCAGCAGAUGGGGGGCCUGUGUUUGCACCAGCAACACCAGGGAGAAAGCCACGUGGAGGAAGUGUACGAGCUGAUGAAACUCCUGAUCGAGGAGGGCCUCUACCCAAAUUUGGUGCUUGGAAUGAGAAUGAUCCUGCAUCUGCAGAUGGAUUUACAUUUAUAUUUAACAAAGCAAGGGAAGAGAAGCAGACAGGAGGAAAUUCUAAGAUUCCAACACUACCACCUGAAACUCCUUCACGUGAUAGUGGUUACAAGCAAGCUGUACCACGCAAAUCUUCAUUUCCAUGUUGCUGUUUACCACAGACUGCAGAGUGAGGGUAUGAUAUUUUCCAUUGAGAUUUCUAACGACACUUUAAAGAAUGAACAGUGGUAAUCUGAGGACUAAAUGUCUUGUGUUCCAUAUGUCAGCAGUUAAGCCUCUAUUUUCAUGCAUUCAGUGUGACUUCAAUGUGAUUUUCUUCCAGAGGGUUGCAUAUGCACCAAUUCUGGUACUCGAUCAGUAACUGUGCAUCACAGGUUGGAUUGUAGCUCAUUACUGAUUCUAGUUGGUGUUUGAAAUAUAGCUUGCAAGCAUACAUGAUUUUUAGAAGAGUGAAUAUGGAAUUGAUUGAGAAAAGACACCUCUGCUCAUUUGCAAAUGUCUUGAACUACCCUUGUGAACUAGAGUGGGAUUUUCCAGCUACUUUCAUUUCUCUUCAUGUGUUGCAAUUUCUGUUGAGCCUUGCCAAUGACAAUUCUGCACCUAUUAUUUUGGCAGGUUAUGUGAACAGAUAAAUAAGAUUUAAUUCUUGCAAAAACAAAGGGAGUCUGGUGCCUAUCAAGCAUAUUAUUAUAAAUACAUCAUUGAUAUUGCCAUA